AUGAAAAGCCAUACCACUGCAACUUUUCUGAAGAGGAAACCCCGAUGGCAACAUCUCAGUUGGAUGAAAUCCCGAAGCUAGGAAGCAGCAAUGCCAGAGAAAACGAGGCCAGGGAAUCUAAACCAGAGAUUCCUGCCCUGAUGUCCACACUGGAGAGUAUUAUCAAGGAGCCCUUUUCAAAAUACCAAGAUCUAAAAGGUUCUGUGGACGUAAAGAUGCCGGCAUUUCACCAUAGCCAAGGGCUUCCCUGCUCUGGUAGCGUUGCUAGCUUUGCUUCAGGUGUGAGCCAGAUGUCUUCAAACAUGGCCAUGGACUUGAAAACGUCACCUGAAGUGCAGGCUGGUCACACUAGAGAAAAUUUGCUAGACUUACACAGGGAGCAUCCCCUGAUAGAAAAAGGUGCUGAAGCUCAAGAGGUAGCUCCGCUCGAUUUGAGUGAAAAAUCAACAAGGGAUAAUUCAUGCAAUAAUCUGAAUACAUCCUUGCAGGCUGCUUUAAUUGUCUACCCGUGUCCUUUCUGCAGUCACAAGACCUACUACCCUGAAGUCCUGUGGAUGCACAAAAGAAUUUUGCACAAAAUCAGCUGUAACUCGAUGGCCCCCCCUUGGGUUCAACAGAAUGGAUUCAAGAGUAUUAAAAACAACCUGGUCUUUCUGGCAAGGAGCAGGCGUACCGGCCCUCCUCCUGUUCUUGGAGGUAAGGAGUGCCAGCCUUUGCCCAUUGCCAGAUUUACGCGCACUCAAGUGCCAAGUGCAUUGCCAGGGUCCAAAAGCAGCUCCCUUUCUGUUGGGAUGGCUGCAAAGUCCGGGACUACACAUCAGUCAAAGGACGGUCAUGCCUUUGGCCACUGUGGUCCGCGCUUAUCAGGUCUGGAGGGGUACAGACAGCCCAAGUUAAACCAUUCCCAGGAGCAAUACAGCAUAGCAGCACAACAAAAAAGUAAAUACGAAGCAAAUCCCAAACAUACACAAAUGGGAGCCUACAGCAGAAGUGUAACGCCUACUCAGACGGUUAUAUCCAGGCCUGGCACGCAGCCCACCAACAGCAAGCAAGUGGAAAAGUACGUGGUUCCCCAAGGAAGUACUAGUUUUGCCCCUGUGGGUAAGCACUGUGCAUCUGACUCCAUGAAGGCCAAAUUCAACCCACCGCCGCAGUAUCAUACUCUGUGCAAAAGCGAGCAGUACACUAAACAUGAAGAGCCGUUGGUGCCUCAGAGGGAGUCUCAUGUGAAGGCUGGGAAUGAGAUGAGGACAUUGGCAAACUGUACAGCGGUAGCACGAGCGAGUCCACUGCUGCAGCCCCAGCCUAGCGCCGCGGGAGUUCCUCCGGCUUUACACUCCAGCAAACAGGAUCCAGGAUCAGACGGGCAUGAGAAACGUUUGGACAUUUUAAAUAUCUUUAAAACAUACAUUCCAAAGGACCUUGCUUCGUUGUACCAAACCUGCGGUGCCAACAGCCCUGUCCUGGAUCACACAGGGAUGCUCAGGACACAAACACGCCAAGGAGACUGCGUCUGCAGAGAAUGUGGAAAAUGCUUUACCCAACCCAGUCACCUCAGGACUCACCAGAGGUCCCACGCAGUGGUAUUUGAGUCUAAUGGACUCCGAGGUACUGAAGUUCACACCACCUCCGCAGAUGCCCCAAAACAAGGGAGAGACCACGGCGGUGCGGAGCUCGCCUACACGCUGCCUCUCCGGAAGGGAACCUAG